GAAAGUGAAGAAAUGUCAGUUUUUAAUGUUUUUACUUUUUGAGCUUUGUUCGUUUGUUGUAUCACUUGUAUUUGCAUUCUGCAGAAUACCAAACAGCUAAUAGUAACACUUCCUUAGCAUUAGUCUGGUAUCCAUGAGCUACGCUACUAAACCAGAGAGUGUUUCAAAGGAUGAGUGGAUGAGCAAACUAGAGGACGUACACGUACAUCAGAGCGACAUGAAUAAACUAAUAAUGAACUACUUAGUCACAGAGGGUUUUAAGGAGGCGGCAGAAAAGUUUCAACAGGAGUCGGGAGUGCAGCCUUCGAUGGAUUUGAACCUGAUGGAUAACCGGAUCCGGAUCAGGGACGCUAUCCAGGGAGGCCGGAUCCAGGAAGCUACUCUCCUAGUCAACCAGCUUCACCCGGAUCUUCUAGACAAUGAUAGAUAUUUGUACUUCCAUCUGCAGCAACUCCACCUAAUAGAGCUGAUCCGUGCGGGGAAUGUUGAGGAGGCGUUGCAAUUCGCUCAGGACCAACUGAGCGAGGUCGGAGAAUCAGAUCCCGGAGUGCUGAAUGAGCUGGAGAGGACACUCGCUCUUCUGGCCUUCGAGGAACCCAAUAACUGUCCAUUCAGCGAUCUUCUAAAUCAGACUCACAGGCAAAAGGUGGCAAGUGAGCUAAACGCUGCCAUUUUGAAAAUUGAACUCCAAGAGCCUACUACGCCUCGGCUGUAUAACCUGAUGAAGUUGAUUUUGUGGGCGCAAGAUGAGCUGGAGAAGAAGAAGGUUAAGUAUGCCCGAAUGACGGACCUCGGCUCCGCCACCAUCCUUCCGCCUCAAUGACAUCAAGAUGACCAGUUCUUUCUCAACCAAUGAGAUCAGGAGGGACUUUGUGAAUAAACAUUCGUGAUCAUAAAAAUGUCAAACUUUUUUUCUUUUUCUAAUUUUUCUAUCGUUUUUCUUAUGAAUAAUUAGUUGUUAGUGAAUGGUUUUUAAUUUGUUAAUGGUAUAAUUAGAUUAUAUUUUUGUUUUGUGAUGUUUGUUAAAAUAAUUAAUCAUUUAGUUGAUAAGUUUACUGGGUAAUUUAUUUAAUUGUCUUAUUCAUGUUUUUAAUGAUGUUUAUUUUUUCAUUUUUAACAGGAUUAGUAACUAAGGAUGCUAAGAAAAAUUUAUAAUCAUUUUAAAUCAUAAAACAUUGUAUAGCUACUACUGAUAUUGAGUUAUGAAAUCAAAUGCUUGGUAAAAUCAUUUAACAGAUUGAACAAUGAUCGUGCUUUGUUAUAGAUUGUUCAUCCUUAUGGACCAGCCAAACACAAUUAAUUCUAAGAUUAGCUCUGUUUGAAUUUUAAGUUUGUACCGAUUCAAUCAUUUCAGUUUUUGUUUUUUAUGCCAACUGAAAACCAUUUUAAUUUAAACAAUUCUUAAAAUAAUGGUUUACUUAUGAAAGAGUAAAGCAUCUAUCAGAAAAACACUCUAAAAUAAUAGAGAUUAAUUCAGUCCACAUCAGUGCACUCAGACGUUACCAACAUAAACACACAUGAGAUUAAGUGUAGGAAAAGGUCAUGCAACCCUAACUUUGCCUGAUUGAAUAAAAUUUUCAUUUCAUUUUAAUUUCACGUAAAAAUAAUGCAAAAUCUUCAAAAUUUGCAAUAGUAUGAGAAGUCUACUUGCACUAUUCAGUGUCAAUGACUCAUAUUUAUAUGAUUCUUCGUCUUCUUGCUCUAUCAUAAUCUAUUUUAACACAGUAAGGGUUUUUUUCUGUACCAUCCCUUUUCAGCUGUUCUAAUUAACCAAUUUUAACAAUUGAAGUGUCAUCAAAAGCUUAUGAUCCGGCACCUGUGAAUGGUAACAAAAAAGGUUAUUUCCUUCAAGGCUUUGUCCCCCUUACAUUUCAUUUCCAAAGAACCAGUGUUGCUUACUACAUUCUUUAUAACGGGUUAAAUAUUAAUUGUAAUCCACCAGCUGAUCAUUUAGUUGAAUGCUUAACUAGUCAGAUUGUAAACUAGAGACAGACGAUACAGUUUAUGAAAAUGGAUUUUUAAUAGGCUACUGCUUUGAUAAUUUCUAUAUGAUUGAUGCUCUUAGUGAGAUAAAUAACUUUAGUUCUCUAUGGUGUAGAUCUAGAUCUUUAAAGAGUAAACGGGUAUUGAAAUUAUUUUUAACUUGGAAUUCAGUUUUAAACCCUAUUAAAUGCACUAUUUGCACAUGGGUUCUCUCGUAAUUCGUAAUUUUAAAUUUGAAUUGUGUUACAAACUUUCUACUUAUCAAUAAUUUUGAUCAUUUCAGUGUGAUAGUAACCGAUUUUUUUACUGAUGUCUUAUUGCUUUAUCUUAAGUUUAUCUUAGUUUGCAGGUUUAGUAACCUUAGCUUUCUAAUGAGAAAAGAAUCUUUUUGUUAUUGGUUGUAUGCAGAUUGGUGUAGAUAAUAAAUGUUUGGUAAAUUCA